UAUUGUUUCGGAUCACUGCUUCCUAAUCGCGUCUCAGUUUUGUGUUGAUUUGUGUUGCACAAUGUCCUUCGAUACCGCGUCUGUGCGUAACGUUGAAAUAAAAGCUCGGCUCGGCGAUAAGAAGGCUUUCCAGCGGCGGAUUCAGAUCGCCCGAAAGCUAACCGGCUCCGAUGGGGAAAUUAUUAAACAACGUGAUGUAUUUUUCAACUCCCUGAAGGGACGCCUAAAGCUGCGGUAUCUGGAGAACAAAAAAUCCGAACUGAUCCUGUACUACCGUCCCAAUGUGGGUGGGCCGAAGAUUUCCACCUUCCACAAGAUCGACCUGGAUCAGCCGGAGGUGCUGGAGACUAUCCUGACCGAGAGUGCGGGUCGCGUGGGGGAAGUUAGAAAGCAGCGGCAUUUUUACCUGCAUGAUCGAACGCGGAUCCACCUGGAUGAUGUGGAGGUGUUGGGUCACUUUCUGGAGUUCGAGGUUGUUCUGAAACCGGAAGAGACUCUAGAGGAUGGAUCAGCCGUUGUCAGAGAACUGAUGAAGGUGUUCGAGAUCGAGGAUGAAGAUUUUAUCGUCGGCGCCUAUAUGGAUAAGCUGUUGAAUUUAGAUAAAUAAUGAAUUGUUUUAAACAGUGGUUAUUAUGUUUGUAGAUGAUUGAUUGUUGAAUAGAGUACCGAGUAAUUGUUCUCGAAUUAGUAAAA